AUGCCCCCCGGUUUGGUCGAUAUGCCUCCGGUACAUCAUGACGAUCAUCCUCAAAAUCAUGAGAUUGAGAUGACGUCAUCUGAUAUGAGUACUCAUAAUCAUGAUAACUCUCUUAACCCGUCUACCUCUACCAACCCACCCUUAAACCAAUCCCGACACAACCCAGAUAAUCAAGGUGUCUUAAAGAUUAUCUCCAAACUCAUCAUGAACCCGCAAGCUGAUGGUAGUGUUAUAAUAACACCGGAUAAAGUCCAACUCUUAAAAUCUUUGAUUGGAGUUGAGGAAUUUAUCAACGUUAAAACGCUCAAUAUGAUGGAUAAGAUCACAUCCAGAUUAGAUGCAAUUGAAAGAACCAUGUCCAAAACUGUCCUCCCCACAAAGCCCCCUCCAUCUACAUGGUCUUCUAUCGUUAAGAAAACAAAUCCCCAACCCAACAAUAAUAUCGUCCGCCCUCCUCCCAGUGUCCGUGUAAUCAACGAAUUUAAACCAUCAUUUUUUAUCAUUCGCAAAACGGUCCCAGAGGCCCAGGCCUUUGCUCAGAAGAGCCCCGCGCAAAUAACUGAAAAAGUAAACUCAGUUCUUUCCGAUAUGGAAGCUAAGACAGAUGACGGUACUCCCAUCACCGUUAAAGGAGCAAUCACCCUCCCCUCGGGCGAUGUUAAGUUUUUCACUCCCACUAGCUCUAAUCACUCCUCAGACUUCCUUCCCGGUCAUCAUCCACACCGUCCCAAUUUCAUUUACUCCAUCUAA